AAGUACUCAGUGCUCUGCUGACUUUCACUUUCAACACAUCACCACCACCACCACGACGACCACCAACCUUCCCAAACGGGCUUAAGUCGUCAGAACUUGGAUAAAGAAGAGAGAGAGUCAGUCCACAUUUGCAACGAGACUCUUGAGGAGACAAAGAGAAAGCGAGCCGAGAAAGCGUGUGCAGUGGUUGGAACAGUUGGAAGAACAAUCUUUCCUUCCUGUCGAUGGGAGCUUGAUUUGUUAAUUUACUUUGAAUCAAGUGGCCCUUUACCCCAUCAAAGUCAAUUGACUCUCAUACUUGUAUACACAUCUGCAACAACACAUACCUCGUCUGUCUAGAAAUUGGUGCCAUACUUAGGAUUAGAAGGACAUACAUAAAUGUGUGUAUGCGUGCUUUUGAAAAUAACUCAAAAUGCCGUUAAAAUUCUGCUUGGUGAGAAGAAAACGUGUGAGAUGAUGGUAAAAAAUGGGUAACAUGAGACUGGUGAAGAUUUACAAGAGUUGAACGAUAUGUGGCAACUAAAGUGAAUUGUAUUUAGUAAAAGCAUUAAUGAAGAUGUCAAAUGAUGGUGUUCUAAGAUGUAUAGAUCGACAAAUAAUAGUUUCACUUGUCUCUGACUGAACCCUUGACAAUGCUGUUCAUACGCAAGAAUUAAAGUGAAUGAAACCAACAUUUUGGAACUGUGAUCUCAAGCGAGGGAAAAUGAGAAGAACACUCCCCGUUGUUCUUUUGAUAAUUGGAUCAGUAGCCGAAUGUCUGGAGCUGUACCGUGUGGAAGUUCCGGCUUAUAAGCGUGUAGGUGAGGCAGCAGAACUGAAAUGCCAAUUCCAUCUUCAGAGAGAUCGGUUGUACGCCGUGAAAUGGUACAAAGACAAUGAAGAGUUUUUCAGAUACGUUCCACGCUUCCAUCCUGCUAUUCACACACAUCCCAUUGUUCCUGGAGUGCACGUUGAUACAAUACGUUCAACAUCUGAGGUGGUUGUAUUGAAAUCUGUGGGAGUUCGUUCAACAGGGGUGUAUAAAUGCGAGGUGUCCGCAGAAGCUCCUUCUUUCGCAUCCUUUAUGGGUGAAAGUCAUAUGACUGUGGUUUAUUUACCCAAGGAAGGGCCACAAAUCACAGGAAAUCUUCGGGAUGAAUAUGAAGUAGGUGAUAUCCUCGAGCUCAACUGUACUUCAUCAAAAUCGUUCCCACCUGCGAAAUUAUCCUGGUACAUCAAUGAUAUGCCUGUGAUGGGUCAAACCGAUCCCCCGCAUUAUGACGGGAGUGUGGAACUGCUUCCAUCAUCUCACGGUGGGAGUGGCAAGCAUCUGACAAUCACAUCCCACCACAACAACAACAACAAUAACAACGGGCAUAAUUUGAUACGUCCCACUUCACAUCGGCUUCAUCUGGAACUCACCCCCACUCAUUUUGGAUCCAAGGGCACAGCCAAGAUACGAUGUGUCGCCCGAAUUUUCCCCUUGUUUUGGCAGGAUGGGGAUGAAAAAAAUAUUGAUCACAAAAAUUCUACAAAGUUCAGCAAGAGUGGAAAUAAGGAUUCUGGUCAUAACCCCAAAAACAAUAACAGGAUUAAUAUCAACCAAAAUCAACACAGCUUCAACGAGGUGGAUGAUGGACCUGGAGGAUUCCCCCAUUAUCACCAACAAGUUCACGAGAGAUUGGGGUCAUUGUAUAGAGGAGAAGCGCUUGUUCAAAUUCGUGGAGGCUGCAUCUACCCAACUGCAUGGAAGGGGACAAACGUUGUGCUGUUAAUCCUGCUUAUGGUGCUCACCCAUUAAAUGAAAUUACCAUGUGUCUCACUUCUCCUCCACAUAAAUCUCAUGCUCCACAGUCAAGCUCCAAACGGGACGCAUUUACUUACACGUACUAUUGUGGUAUCACAAAACUCUUUUUUGGGGUGAAGCUGGUUGUCGCAUCGUUUUAACUACAGAAUAUAUGUACACAUAUACAUAUAUGCGUGUAUACACAUAUGUAUGUAUGAGAUUCUAAUUAAAGUGCGAAUCUUACGUGUAUGACUUCUACAAUUUGCAAAACGAGUAAACAGUAGGCUUACAUAUACACAAUAUCUUAUGAGGCCAUACACAACCUAUAAAAAUAAUGGAUAAAUGUAUACGUACAUAUGUCCAUAUUUUAUUUUAAAGUAUAAACUAUGUUACUUCUUGUCCACUAGAGGUUUUUUAGACAUGCUUUCAUUUUGACACAGUCAACAUUUUCGAAAUCACCGAAUGAAGAACCCUUAAUUCUAUAAAGGGAUAUGGUUUUCUCGUUCUGGAAGCAAUAAAGCACGAAAAUACAAUUGUUGAGGCAAGGACUGAGUUGGCAAACCCGUUUUGUAGCAUUGAAUCCCCCGAAAGAAAGUUGGUUUCAUAUGAAAAGCUCACGCAAUUGCUGCAGUGCCAGAGAGAAUGGUAGUAGAAAACUUUGUUCAUUUCCUUAAUAUCUACCACUCUUCUUUACCCCAUUAAGCUUUUAAAUCCAAUUAUUUUUCAUUAAAUUGCUCACUUUUUGCCCAAUGAAAUAAUGCAUUUCCCCAGUAAUAAAGCAAUCCUCACUAAUUUGAAAUUUCGAGUUGAACCUUAGCCUACGAUAUUCCUCAGCUGGUAUAACUAUAUUUGUGGCAAAAAUGAAAUUGAAAAGACAGCUUUGUAACGAGCUAUUAUCCAACCGACAUCAAGGGAUAAUACGCGGCAAUUACUAAUUAGGCAUAAGAAAAUUAAUAUUAAGUGUUGGUUGAUCCACGUUCCAGGUACUUGGUGAAUAUACAUAUGUAUUAAUAUGUAGCGCGUUCAAGAAGACGAAGAAACUUGUGUCCUUAUGUCACUGAAAUACAUAUCGCUUUUCGAGGACUCUUGUAAGUAGAUGCCCACCAAUUAUUUUAUCGCCUGCUCUAAUAAGUACAAACAAAUCAUGUUUGGGUAACUUAAAUGUUAAAAUUAAUCAAGUUGUGAAUAUUGGAAGAAGAAUUAAUUAAUUUCGGUUGACAGUGAUCUGUCCAGAAACAGGUGAUUGCAAUAAUAAUGUUUUUAGGAAAGAAAGGGGUGUGGAAUGGAAUACCAAUACCAAUUCAUACGUUUAGUAGGGUCUUAUGUAGAAAGAAAAUAUCUUAUUCUUUAUAAACACACACAUACAUAAUAGUUAGUGUAUAAUUUUACAUUGUAUUUAAUGAUCUUUCAAUCCUAUGUUUCGCUUUCCGCUUAUAUGUAGAAAUGUUUGUAUGUAAUUAUUAAUAAAAUCUCGUUUCUUCUAA